GCAGGCCCUGGGCCCAGCUGCUCAGCAGCCCCCCUUGCUGGCCAAAGUGCUGCACAACCUGGGGGCCGCGCUGAACUCUGAGGGCCGCUACAGACCUGCUGUGGGCUACCACCGGCUGGCUGCUGGGCUCUACGGCUCUCUGGGUUUCCGUGGCGACCAGGCUCGGUGUUUCAGUAACCUGGCGUUGGCCUGCAGUGAGCUGGGUGACGAUGAGGAGGCAACAGAGAACUUCCUGCACGCUCUGCAGGGCUUCAGAGACACCGGAUGGUUCUGGUUCUGUGAGGGACCGGCUGGUGGGGCGUCUGACUGCAGCGCUACAACAGAGUGUGAAGAGGCCACGCCCACUCAGGACACCUGUCAGACAGCCGCUCAGGAGUCCAGGCCGACUGUCCAAUCAGCAGCCAGAACACCUACAGGCCACAGGUAGACAGGAAGCUGCAGAGCAUUGUGGGUCAGCAGGGGACGGAGCCACUGAGGGACCUGAAUACAUGAGCAUGGAACCUGGACGACACAGUUCAGACCAGGAGGAGCAUCUGCAGCACAUCUUCAGGACCUGCUGCUGCAACAGGAAGCUGAUCCUGAUUCUGUGGUUGGACGUGGUUCUGUGGUUGGACCGGGUUCUGUUAGUUGGACCUGGUUCAGUUUGUUGGACAUGGUUCUGUGGUUGGACCGGGUUCUGUUUGUUGGACCUGGUUCUGUUGUUGGGUUCUUCUGGACUGUAUAGAUCUGCCUCCCCAGAACAUGAGCAGAGCAGAGGAUCCGGACAUGAGGAGCUGAUCAGGAUGUCAGGUAACUGGUCAUCCUUGAUCCCGCCCCCCGGCUCUGAGGCCCCGUCCCCUCCCAAUUCCUCGGGGCACCCCCCCUUGUUUGAGGCCCCCAGCUUCACACGGGCGGCUCAGUUCCGCGUGGGGGCCACGGCGCUGCUGUUUGUGUUCGCGGCGGUCAGCAACGUGGCGCUGCUGUUUAGCGUGUGGAGAGGGCGGGGCCGGCGGCUGGCCUCCCACCUGCGGCCGCUGAUGCUCAGCCUGGCGGCGGCUGACCUAUUGAUGACCUUCGUGGUGAUGCCGCUGGACGCCGUGUGGAACGUGACGGUGCAGUGGUACGCCGGGGACGUGCUCUGCAAGCUGCUCUGCUUCCUGAAGCUGUUCGCCAUGCACGCCUCCGCCUUCGUGCUGGUGGUCAUCAGCCUGGACCGGCAGCACGCCAUACUGCACCCGCUGGACGCCCUGAGCGCGCACCGCAGGAACCGCCACAUGCUGCUGCUGGCCUGGAGCCUCAGCCUGCUGCUGGCCACGCCGCAGCUGUUCCUGUUCCGGGUGGUGCAGGUGCAGACGGGGGAGACGCAGCGCUUCUCUCAGUGUGCGUCUCACGGCAGCUUCCUGCAGCGCUGGCAGGAGACGCUGUACAACAUGCUGCACUUCAUCACUCUGUACCUCACCCCCCUGCUGGGGAUGAGCUGCUGCUACAGCCGCAUCCUGCUGCACAUCCACCACACACACCUGAGGAGUGCAGCGGAGGAGUCGUACCUGCGGCGCAGCGGCACCGACCUGAUCCCGAAGGCCCGGAUGAAGACGCUGAAGAUGACGGUGGUGAUCGUGCUGUCCUUCGUGGUGUGCUGGACGCCCUACUACAUGCUGGGGCUCUGGUACUGGUUCCAGCCCGCCAUGCUGCGGGUGCUGCCCGACUUCCUGCACCACUUCCUGUUCCUGUUUGGACACCUGAACACCUGCUGCGACCCCGUCAUCUACGGCUUCUACACCCCCUCCUUCAGGGCCGACCUCAACGCCUGCUGCCGCCGCCGCCGCCCCCCCCCCCCCCCCCCAAAAAAACCGUCCCGCAGACUGCCCGGGCCCACCCGGGGGCACAGGAGGUGA